AUGGGCACAGGAUAUGUUCCAACACUUAGUACACCAGUUGAGUUGCCAAACUAUUCUACAAAUGUCAAUCUUACAAUUCUUCAAUUCGAUUCUUCGUACUAUAGUAACAUUCUCUUGGCUGGUGAUGCUGUUUACACUUGGGGAAGAAAUGACUAUGGCGAAGUUGGUGAUGGAACCGUUGCCGUUCACAAAAAAGUACCAUUCAAAUUAUUCUCUUGGGACUUGCAAGGUCCUCAAGAUGUUGAGCAAAUUGCUGCUGGUGCUUUUACUUUCUAUGCCAUUAAGGAAAACGGCAAGUUAUAUGCCUGGGGAAGAAAUCAUAGAGGCCAACUUGGUGAUAAAACAACUGUGACAAAGGUGAGACCGGUUGAUGUAUACAUGGAUGGUGCUCUAGCCAAUCAGUACAUUGUUAAGGUUUGUGGUGGUUUGUCACACACUGCUGUCUUAACCUCAAAUAAUAGUCUGUAUUCAUUUGGCGACAACACAUACGGUCAACUAGGUAUUGGAAGCGCCUCCUCCGCUGAAUAUAAAAUGGAAGCUGUUGCUGUAAAUUUACCAGAAAGCUUUGCAGGAGAGAUAGUUGUUGAUUUGAAGUGUGGUGAUGAUUUUACAACUGUAUUGACAGAAUCAGGAAAAGUUUUUGCUUGGGGAAAAAAUGACAAAGGUCAGUGUGGAACAGGUAUCAAUUCACCAUACCUCACUGUCCCUACACCAAUUGAAAUGGCUGCAACAAAAGUUCAUGGUUUUAACUUUGACACUAAAAUAGUUCAAAUUGCUAUGGGUAAUUAUGCUUCGUAUGCGAUAGAUGAAAAUGGAAAAUUGUGGGCAUGGGGAGCUAAUGAUCAAGGUCAAAUUGGUGACAGAACUUGGGAUGAAAAGAAUAGACCAUUCUCUGUUUAUAGAUACGGAGCUUUAGCAAAUCAAACAGUUGUUAGAGUUUGUGCUGGAAAUGGUAGUGUACUUGCUUUAACAUCAACAGGUAAUCUGGUAGCAAUUGGAGACAACACAUACGGUCAAUUGGGUACUGGUGAUUACGUUUCAAGUGGUGAGCCUGUUGUUGUAAAGAUGAAACCAUUCCAAAAUGAGACAAUCAAAGAUAUUCAAUGUGGUAUGUUUCAUAACCUUGUCCUUACAGCCAGUGGUAAAGUUUUUGCUUUUGGUGGUAAUAUGUAUGGACAA